AUGUGUCUAGGGUUUAGGGUGUUAUCUUUGUUACUAGAUUACUGCCAGCUAGUGGAGAAAGCCUCCAUAGAUGAGGUGUAUGCGGACCUCACCCCCCACGCCGCGGCUCUCGUCCUCUCCCUCAUCAAUGAGGGGCCCCCCUCAGACACAGAAGACGGGGGGGGCCCCCAACCCACUCCGCAGGGGGGCCCCCAACCGACUCCGCAGGGGGGCCCCCAACCCAGUCCUCAGGGGGCCCCCCAACCCAGUCCUCAGGGGGGCCCCGAAGCCUGUCCUCAGGGGGGCCCCGAAGCCAGUCCUCAGGGGGGCCCCCAAGCCAGUCCUCAGGGGGGCCCCCAAUACAGUCCUCAGGGGGGCCCCCAACCCGCUUCUCAGGGGGGCCCCCAACCCACAGUACCGUCCGUCCCCGCAGAGGGGCCCCCACGGAUUACAUUAGGCACUUCGCAUGAGGCAGCCCCUGAGGGGGCCGCUGAGGGGGCCCCUGAGGGGCCCCCUGCUGUAGCCACCGAGGGGCCCCCUGCUGUAUCCACUGAGGGGCCCCCUGCUGUAGCCCCCGAGGGGCCCCCUGCGGUAGCCUCUGAGGGGCCCCCUGCGGUAUUCCCUGAGGGGGCCCCCGAGGGGCCCCCUGCAGUAGGCCCUGAGGGGGCCCCUGAGCGGGCUGCUGAGGGGGCCCCUGAAGCGGCCCUUGAGGGGGCCCCUAAAGGAGGGUCUUGUGGAGGGGCCCCCUCCACUCUAUCAACUGCGUCAGAUGCCCAGUUAGAGCGUAGGGGGCCCCCCGAUACCCCUGAGGCCCCUGGGGCCUCGGGGCCCCCUGGGGGCCCCUCUGGGGGCCCCUCUGUUUCUAGUGGUUUGUCUUACAGCCCCUCGCCUCUGGGUACUGGUGAGGGGGGGCCCCCAAGCGAGCCCAAUGCCGGUUCUUUGUCUCCUCACUGCAGCAGUGAACCAGCAGGGGGCCCCCCUUCCUCCCCGUGGAAGGGUACAGGAGAAAGAGGAGACGCAGGGGGGGGCCCCCCCUUGGGGCCCCCUGCCCCUGAGCCUUCCCCGUCUCCUGGGGGCCCUUCCUGUGUACCCUCAUCUCCCCUGGGGGCCCCCACGGGGGGCCCCCAGGGCCCCCAAAGGGGCCCCCGUCAGGAGCAUCCGUCAGAGGCCCCUGGUGAUGGGGGCCCCUGCGGGGGCCCCUCCCCCCCAGAGGGGCCCCGUUGGUCUCCCACUACCCCCAUAGGGGGAAAGGGGGGCCCCCCCCUUGGGGGGCCCCCUGUCAGGGGGGGGGGCCCCGGCAGCAGUUUGUUUCCUGUGUUGAGAGACACGUCUCUGCUGCCGUCGCUGGAGCAGCAGCAGCUGCUGCUGCCGGUGCUGCGGCGGCGGCUGCUGCGGCGGUUUGGGCUGCAGGACCCCCAGGCCCUUCAGGGGGGGGGCCCCGGUCAACAGCAGCAGCAGCAGCAACAGCAGCAGCAGCAGCAACAACAGCAGCAGCAGCAGCAGCAGCAGCAGCAAGAGCAGCAGCAGCAAGAGCAGCAGCAGCAGCAGCAGAUGAAAGGGGAUUGCCCCCCGCCAGUGGACAAAUACAAAAUAAAUUAA